AUGCCUAAAAAUUUGAAGCAAACAAAAAAUAAACGUAAUAAACCGUUUAUUAUUGGCUCAAAUAAAGAUCCCAUGUUGAAUAUAGAAACCAAUAUUAUCAGUUCCAAUAUUGUUCUCGUUGAACUAAAGCCGAAUUUCCCUCCUAUUUUGACAGCAGAAGAACUCAUUAAGAAUGCUAUUAAAUCCAACGCAUCCAAAAACAUUAAGGCUAAAACGCUUCCAAAUUCUUUUAUCGCGUAUAGAAUGGCAUUACAAAAGGAAUAUUAUAAGAAUGCUAUUAAAUUACCUCCAAUGGGUCAGUUAUCAAUAAUCGCAAAAAAUUCUUGGGAUAAAGAACCACAAGACGUAAAAAAUUUUUACAAAAAUCUAGCUAAGGAAGCUAGAUUUUUGUAUAAGCAAAACACAUUUCAAAUCAUAUUUGAUAAACGAAUGAAUGAAGUUGAAAAUGACCAAGGAAACGGGCAGGUUGCACCUUUGCAUGUGACGGGUGAAAAUUUUGCGGCAGAUUUGGGUUAUGCCAAUAGUACCAAAACUAAAGAU